AUGAUGAGGGAAAUGAUGCAGAAGUUCUCAGAUGGGCGAUCCGCCUAUGCCACCGAACAUUUGGAUCUAGUAUCAAGAACCACUGAGAAAUUGCCUUUCUCGGAAUGGAUUCAGAAUAAGCCAAAGCCUCGGGACUUCGUCAUCCCUUCCCUGCCUGCGUUCAAUGGAAAGGGAGACCCUCUAAACCACCUAUUUCAAUUUCAACAGAAGAUGGCAUUAGAAGCUAAUAACGAAGCCAUACAAUGCAAAGUCUUUUCAAUGACUUUCUCCGGGCCAGCUCUGUUAUGGUUCCGACAAUUAAAGCCCGGGUCACUCAACAGUUUUAGUGAUCUCCGACGGUCCUUCUUACAGCAGUACAGCGCGAACCGAAAGGCGCCCAGAACAAUGGUCGAUCUCUAUCGAAUCGAACAGGGGGAGAAUGAACAUCCGAAAGCAUACUUACAGCGUUUCAUUGACCUUGUGCAUCAAAUCCACGACGUCGACCCACUCAUCGCAGCAAAUCUCUUCGUCAAAAGCCUGCAGGUGGGAUCACUCUUACAUGAGAAUCUCACCAUGACACCACCAUACGACAUGGCAGACGUGCAGACCCGAGCCGAGGGCGUCUUCAGGGUAUUAGAAUUUCGAGAGCGCGCACAAAAGAAGACUGCACUCAUCUCUGCUCCGCCAACAAAUAAUCCUCCACCACCUGCCAGGGAUGACAAGAGGAAACAGAACCAAACAGAUCAUAUGAAGGAAGGAAAAAGGCCAAGACAGGAUCGACAGCCAUCACGAUACCCAUCCUUCGAAUACACCGUCCCGCAAGAAGUCAUUUAUGAAGAAAAUAAAGACAGACCUAUCUGGCGAGAGCCCUACAAAAUUACCACUCCAUCUGACAGAAGGGAUAAAAGCAGAUACUGUCUCUUCCACAAAGAUCACGGUCAUACGAUCGCUGAAUGCCACAAUUUGAACAAUCAGAUCCAAGCCCUCAUGAGGAGCGAGAGGCUUACCCAAUACAUCAAGGAGACAGAACCCACUGAUAACCAAGAGCAUGCAACUAAGAUCCAUAAAAGGAUGGAAGGACGAGUGAAGCGAUACAAAUCAUUAGGCCACGUGGUCAAUCUCGUCACUUCAGAAGACAGAAGCUACCCAGCCUCUGCUAUCACCUUCACCGAUGAUGACCUGAAGGGCGUCCACCUACCCCAUGAUGAUCCACUCGUCAUUUCCCUACAAGUUGACCACUGCCAGCUGGGCAGAGUUCUGAUCGACGGGGGCAGUGGGGUCGACAUCCUCUUCUGGGAAGCCUUCUAG